GGCGACGGCAAGAGCGGAGCCGAGCCAAGCGAAGAUGGCUGAGCCGAAGCAGCCGCCGAAGCACGACGGGCGGGUGAAGAUCGGCCACUACGUGCUGGGGGACACGCUGGGGGUCGGCACCUUCGGCAAAGUCAAGAUUGGAGAACACCAGCUUACUGGACAUAAAGUAGCAGUGAAAAUUUUAAACAGGCAAAAAAUUCGUAGUUUGGAUGUUGUUGGAAAGAUCAAACGAGAAAUCCAAAAUUUAAAACUUUUCAGGCAUCCCCAUAUUAUCAAACUGUAUCAGGUGAUCAGCACCCCUACUGAUUUUUUCAUGGUGAUGGAAUAUGUGUCUGGUGGAGAAUUGUUUGAUUAUAUCUGUAAACAUGGACAUGUAGAAGAAGCUGAAGCCAGGCGCCUCUUUCAGCAAAUUCUGUCAGCUAUGGAUUACUGCCAUAGGCAUAUGGUAGUUCACAGAGAUCUGAAACCAGAGAAUGUGCUGCUGGAUGCACACAUGAAUGCCAAGAUAGCUGAUUUUGGGCUAUCCAAUAUGAUGUCAGAUGGUGAAUUUCUGAGAACCAGCUGUGGCUCACCCAACUAUGCAGCACCAGAAGUAAUCUCUGGAAGAUUGUAUGCUGGCCCAGAAGUUGAUAUCUGGAGCUGUGGUGUUAUUCUUUAUGCUCUCCUCUGUGGGACUCUUCCUUUUGAUGAUGAGCAUGUCCCAACCCUGUUUAAAAAAAUCCGGGGAGGCGUCUUCUACAUUCCUGAAUACCUCAACCAUUCAAUAGCAACCCUGCUGAUGCAUAUGCUACAGGUUGAUCCACUCAAACGAGCCACCAUCAAAGACAUACGAGAGCACGAAUGGUUCAAGCAAGAUCUGCCCAGUUAUUUGUUCCCAGAAGACCCAUCAUAUGAUGCCAAUGUCAUGGAUGAUGAUGCUGUGAGGGAAGUUUGUGAGAAAUUUGAAUGCACCGAGUCAGAAGUGAUGGCCAGCUUGUACAGUGGAGAUCCUCAGGACCAGCUUGCGGUUGCGUAUCACCUGAUCAUUGACAACCGGAGAAUCAUGAAUCAGGCCAGUGAGUUCUACCUCGCCUCCAGCCCACCAAGUGGCUCUUUUAUGGAUGACUCUAUGCAUAUCCCCCCAGGGGUAAAACCUCAUCCAGAAAGGAUGCCGCCUCUCGUUGCGGAUAGUCCCAAAGCAAAAAGCUCUUUGGAUGCAUUGAACACCACUAAGCCAAAACCGUCGACUGUGAAAAAAGCCAAGUGGCAUUUAGGAAUACGAAGUCAAAGCAAGCCUUACGAUAUCAUGGCGGAGGUUUACCGGGCAAUGAAACAUUUGGAUUUUGAAUGGAAGGUGGUGAAUGCCUAUCACCUUCGAGUGCGUAGAAAGAAUCCAGUUACAGGAAAUUAUGUGAAAAUGAGUUUGCAGCUCUAUCAGGUGGACAAUCGCAGCUACCUGUUGGACUUUAAAAGCAUUGAUGAUGAUGUCAUGGAACAAAGAUCGGGUUCUUCUACACCUCAACGCUCAAGCUCAGCAGCUCGUUUGCACAGACCAAGACUAAGUCUUGACUCCGCCACUGUUGAUUGCCAGUCACUUCCCGGAUCCCCUACUGGUUCUUUGACUGGGAGCAUGUCCUCUGUGACACCACGUCUUGGGAGCCAUACACUGGAUUUCUUUGAAAUGUGUGCCAGUCUCAUUAUUGCACUGGCUGGCUGACAGGUAUAAUUCAGAGGUUUGAUUUCAGUGGAUGAGCAUAGGCCUUGGUAAUGCCAUUUGGCAAAGAAAGCCUCAUUUUGAACAUACAAAUAUCAGAUUCUGUACCCAGAAAUUACUUUAAAUACGGUAUUUAGGAGAGAAGACAAAGGUGUUCGAUUUAGGUAAGUCUAUCUGCAGAUUUUGCUGAAUUUUUGCCAGUAAUCUGGGAUUGUUGGUGUUAUUUCAUAGGUAUGGUAGAAAUGAUUAGCAGUGGAGUUAGUGCUUAACAGAAGUGAAGACUGAAGACUUCAGCCAAAAGCUGGUAGCUAUUGGACUCUACUCGCUGCCACUCAAAAUCAAAUGCUGCACUGCUGCCAAAAAUCUGAAAAACUCUACAAUUGAAGAAUUCAUAACAUUCAUGUCAUGUUGAAUGAACAGUGCAAUAAUAUUCCUGAAAACUUGACCAUCAAAAGGUUUUUUAAAUAAAUAAAUAAAUAAAUAAAUAAAACUUACUUUAGAAAACAAAAGCAAUAGAAUCCUAGAUCCAAUUAAUUUAGAUUUAUACUCAUGGAAGAAAAGGUUGUCUCUGCUGUUCUUCCAAGUAUUAUAACGUUCAGAAAUCACCCAUAGAGUAGGACUGUAGACCAGAGAAAAGUGGAAUUUUGAUUUUUUUUAAAUAUCAGAUUUUAAAUAAUUAUAAUUUAGACUUAGAUAUUUAAGUUUGGAAAUAUAUUAUGGUAAUCCUUUUGGCCAAACUUCAUAUAUUCUUUUUCUGCUAUGGAAAUGCUUUUGGAAUGCAUGGAAGUCAAUAGUGCUUUUAUAUCCUACUCAUGGAUUCAUCUGAAAUAAUUAUUGCAGUCUACCUCCUAAAUAGCGUAGAACAGCAUUCAAGACUUACUGACUCGAAAACAGAGAUCUAGAGCUAAGCACCUGGAGCAUCAGAUGUCUCCAAAUAUGAGAUUAGAUGAUUCAUUAUAAAGCAAUUCUUGUGACAUUGUGGUAAAAUUAAAUAAAGCAACUGCUUUUAUUAGAGGUAGCAAGUGUCAAAUAAUGCAGAGACAUCUCUUACUUCAGUUAUUAGGCAGUAAGUAACCUCUUCCUGAUUUCAACACAUUUUUAUUACAUUUUUGUUGCUGCUGGAUUAUACGUUAUAUCUGUUUUUCACCCAAGUAGAAAAAAUAUCCUCAGAGAUGAAUUAAACUAAAUGAUUCAAUAUAUGAAAUCCCCCAAACUUAGAUGUUGAAAACCAUUCAAAUUCAGAAAUCACUUCAAUACAAUUCUUUCGAGUGGUGGAUGGUAGUCAGGGUUACCAAUUCCUUUUGCAAACUAUCCAGCAGCUACAUUUCCCCAGUUUUAAUUAAAGUUGUUGUUUUUUAUUAAGGACUUUCCAUUUUCAUUGAAGGAAUUCUUUUCAACACAGCCUUUCAUAACCACUUUGCCCUUUCUGCUGUUCAUCAUCCAGCUUUUGUUAGAUUCAGACCAUCUAAUAUAUCUCAUAAACAAAAUUUGCACUCUGCUUUUUAUCUCAUUAUUAGUUUUCCCAUCAAUCAUUUCAGGCUGCGUUUUGCAUCAAAUAUAUCAAAAUGCUAGGUUUGCAUAUUUAAAUUAGUAAUAUUUAUUAAUCUCAUGGCAGCAACAGAUCAAAACGUCUAUAGCCGCAAUAUAAAACUCAGAAUUGUGGGGAAAGGAAGAAAAAAAAUGUUUUCCUUCAGGGGUGAGUUCCUUUGGUUAAUGUUCUCUUUCAGAAAAAAAGCGUAAUAAACUGAUAAAGCAAGGUAAUUGCAGGCUAGCCACAUUUUUUCAGAGAAAGGAUAGCAGAGAACAUUAGCAGCAGUCAAGAAAAGUGAAAAAAAGAACAGGGCACUCAAGACAAGUUUUUCUUGCUUAAAAAGCUAACUAAUAUUUAAAUGCUUCUGUAGCUUUAGUUGUCUAUAACAAUAUUCACUAGGUGCAUGGGUGGGUUCCGGCUGCUGCUACUGCCGAGUCACUCAGGGAUGCACCCUGCAUCCCUGAGCGUGCAUGUGCAGUACUAAAAAAAUGCUUCUGCGCAUACAGAAACAAGAUGGU